AAUAAUAUUUUUUUGGCCUAAAAUUGUACUAAAAUAUAGUAAAACGCUUAAUUUUUAGUGGCAGAAAUGGCGGAUGAUACAAAUGAGGAUAGUUGGCUGUAUGGUACUUCUAACCCCGAUUCCACUACAAAUGAAGAAGAGCGUCUAGAUGCUGAAAAUGCUGUUGAUGAAGCCGGUAUUGCAAAAGUAGACUCGCAAGAAUUGUUAAAAGCAGAAAAUGAAGCUCUUGCUGCAGUAACCCAAGGUGAUGGUUUAAAUAAUUUGCAAGACAAAGAUGAAGUUCCGCCGGGCGAAGAGUUGGUGGAUUUUGAAGAUCCGGCCCACGAAAUGGAAGAAGACGAAGAGGCAACCGCAGCAGCUACUGUUGCCGAUACUACCGACAUUGAUGAGAAGGAAGAACCGAAAAAGGAUGAUUGUUCCGUGGAAGACGAAGAUGAUGCUGAAGAAGACGAUGAGGAUGAUGAUUCUGAUGAUGACAUUAACGUUGUAAUAGGCGAUAUUAAAGCUGCUCCCAGUACUUAUAAUAUAAAUAAACGGUCAAAUUUAUUGGCUGGAGCUAGUAGUCAAGAAAAGUCCAAGUCUACUCAGGUAGGAAAAUUUUCUAUCGAAGAUUUUGAAGGUGUGGGUUCAAUUAACGGUGUUGCUGCUCAUGAGUUUAGUAUAGAUUCACUGGAGGAUAAACCAUGGCGUAAGCCAGGUGCCGACAUAACAGAUUAUUUCAAUUAUGGAUUUAAUGAGGAAACCUGGAGGUCAUAUUGUGAACGUCAAAAGAGAUUUCGUGUUGCUGAGAGUGGUGUCGGAUUGGCUAGUUUGACUCAAAACUUAAAUCCACAGCCAGAAAGACAAUCUGAAAGUAAUAUACCAACAGGUCCACCUCCCGGCAUGUUGCCAUCCGGCCCCAUGCCUAUGGGACCACUAGGAGAACAGAUACAAAUGCCACCACCAGGAAUGAUGCCACCAUCCAAUAUGCAUCAGGGACCUCACCAGGGCAUUCCACCUAGAUUUGCAUCUAUGCCAAGAGGCCCUCGGCCGGUUAGUCAGCCUGGAACGAAAGAAAAUGCUAUUCAAGUUAUGACAGCAGAAUGUCGCGAAUAUUCACGGCCUGGACAAAUGCCGCCGAAUUUCGGUGGUCAAGGUCCCGCAGAUGAAGCUUUCUUUCACGAACCGGAGCCUUUCGAUUAUGGAUAUGAGCCAACACAGGAUUCGCAAUGGGGAGGCGAUAAUCCAAAUUGGGUACCUAGUGGUAUAAAAGAACUGACACCAGGACCAAAUUCUGGACCGCCUCAACAGAUUUCCGGUCCACCGGGUAUUUUACCCACUCCAAUGGGGGUUCCGCCUCCUCAAAUGGGUGGGCCGCCACCACAAAUGCGGCAUCCGCACGCACAGCCCCCAAUGAUGGGCGGUAUGCCCCCACCAAAUAUGGGUAUGGGUCCUCCUCCCAUAGGAAUGAUGAUGGGACCAGGUGGCCCUGGAGGUCCUCCAAUGCACAUGCCGAUGGGACCGCCACGUAUGAUGGGUCCAAAUGGUCCUCCUGAGCGUCCGGAAGACGAACGAGAAAGGAGACGCAGAGAAAGAGAAUGGGAUCGUGAAAGAGAAAGGGACAGAGAUCGAGAAAGAAUGAGACGCGAACGUUCAAGGAGUCGAGAAAAGUCUCGCCGAAGGUCAAAAUCUCGUGAAAAAGAGCGGGAAAAGGAUAGAGAGAAGGAUCGUGAUAAGGAAAGGGACCGCGAACGAGAUAGGGAUCGUGAGAGAGAACGUGAAAGAGAUAGGAGUGAAAAAGUUGAAGAACCUGAACGUUCUGAUGACGAGCGUGAGCGUAGAAGAAGAGAUCGGGACCGAGAGCGUGAACGUGACAGGGAUCGCGAACGUUCUAGGCGUGAACGAUCAAGAAGCCGAGAAAAAUCUCGUCGGCGAUCAAAAUCUCGUGAAAAAGAACGCGAACGUUCUAGUAAAACUGGUACAUCCUCCACCACGUCAUCUUCCAGUCGCAGUGAUAAGAAAAAAUCGCACCGCAAAGAAGAUGAAGAGUAAAGUUAAGAUGCAUAAACAGCGAUAACAAUUAUAUUCCAUCAACCAGUCGCAGCAUUUUUUCUUUAACUGCAAAAUUUACAUUGAAAAUACGAAAAAGUGAAAUGAAAAUGUACAUAAUUUUUAAAAACAAUAAAUAGUAUACAGUGAAAA